AUGCACCGCCCCGGGCCGGUCUGCUGGGCGCUGCUGCUCGCCCUGGGGCUGUGCUGCGCGCACCGGGCGCGCUCCCGCCACGUGCUGCUAAUCCUGGCGGAUGACGGGGGCUUCGAGAGCGGCGCCUACAACAACAGCGCCAUCGCCACGCCGCACCUGGACGCCCUGGCCCGGCGCAGCCUGGUCUUCCGCCAUGCCUUCACCUCCGUCAGCAGCUGCUCGCCCAGCCGCGCCAGCCUCCUCACGGGCCUGCCCCAGCACCAGAACGGGAUGUACGGCCUGCACCAGGGCGUGCACCACUUCAGCUCCUUCGAGGGCGUGCAGAGCCUGCCGCUGCUGCUCGGCCGCGCCGCCGUGCGCACAGGCAUCAUCGGGAAGAAGCACGUGGGGCCGGAGGCGGUGUUCCCCUUCGACUUCGCGCACACGGAGGAGACGGACUCCGUGCUCCAGGUGGGCCGUAACGUCACCAGGAUCCGGCUGCUGGUCCGCGAGUUCCUGCAGACGGGGGACGGCAGGCCCUUCUUCCUGUAUGUCGCCUUCCACGACCCCCACCGCUGCGGGCACUCCCAGCCCCAGUACGGGGCCUUCUGCGAGAAGUUCGGCAACGGGGAGAGCGGCAUGGGGCGCAUCCCAGACUGGACCCCACAGGUCUACGAUCCCCAGGAUGUGCAGGUGCCUUACUUCGUCCCCGACACCCCGGCGGCCCGGGCUGACCUGGCCGCUCAGUACACCACCAUCGGCCGCAUGGACCAAGGGGUCGGGCUGGUGCUGCAGGAGCUGCGGGCGGCCGGCGUCCUGAACGACACCCUGGUGAUCUUCACCUCCGACAACGGCAUCCCCUUCCCCAGCGGCAGGACCAACCUGUACUGGCCGGGCGCCGCGGAGCCCCUGCUGGUGUCGUCCCCGGAGCACCCGCAACGCUGGGGCCAGGUCAGCGAGGCCUACGUGAGCCUCCUCGACCUCACGCCCACCGUGCUGGACUGGUUCUCCAUCCCCUACCCCCGCUACGCCAUCUUCGGCUCCAAGACGGUCCAGCUCACUGGCCGGUCUCUCCUGCCGGCGCUGGACGCGGAGCCCGCCUGGACCACCGUCUUCGGCAGCCAGAGCCACCACGAGGCCACCAUGUUCUACCCGAUGCGCUCUGUGCAGCACGGGGCCCUGCGCCUGGUGCACAACCUGCACUUCAAGAUGCCCUUCCCCAUCGACCAGGACCUCUACGUGUCGCCCACCUUCCAGGACCUGCUGAACCGCACGGCGGCCGGCCGGCCCACACGCUGGUACAAAGACCUGCACGGCUACUACUACCGGGAGCGCUGGGAGCUCUACGACCUCCGCCGUGACCCCCGAGAGACCCAGAACCUGGCUGCCGACCCGCACUACGCCCCGGCGCUGGAGCUGCUGCGGGCCCGGCUGGCCAAGUGGCAGUGGGAGACCCAGGACCCCUGGGUGUGCGCCCCUGACGGGGUCCUGGAGGAGAGGCUCUCGCCCCAGUGCCGGCCCCUGCACAACGAGCUGUGA